UGACAAAUGGGUGGUCCCCCGCAGCAUCUGGGGCGCCAGACCCAUCAAUCCAGCCGCCUGUUAAGCCGGCUGCGGGAGGCGAUGGAGGUCAGCGUCCCAAUCGCCCGGCCUCAAUUUCCCCGGUGCCCCCACAAACUGUGGUAAACAAGCAAUCAGCCGCCACGUCCCAACAGGACUGAAAGAGCCAUUUUGCUGGAUUUAUCCUCGCAAUAACGCGCAAGCAGCCCCAGACGGCCGCCGCGCUGCCUCUGUCAGGGACUACCGCGGUCCCUCUCCGCUCGUCACCGGGAGCUGCCGCAGGGUCCGCACCGCAUGGGCUGCCUUACAAAUGGUUGCCACCCCGUCAUCAAUCCCGCCCCGCAUCUCCCGGCUUUGGGGUGGAUGGGGAUAUAAAGGCACUGCCAGGAGAAGGGAAGCAGGACGGGGGGCAGCGGAGAGGGCCUCCACCAUGGACGCUUCCCGCCUCUUGCUGGCGCUGGCCUUGCUCUCGGGCAGCCUGAGGCCCUGCCGAAGCCUCGAGGAGGCGCUCGGCUCCCCGGAGGUCCUAGCCGAAGAGCCCAACGCCUACCCGGAGAGGUUCCUAGAAUGGAUGCAGCAAGAGAGUGAGGACUAUGCUGGCCAGAGCUCACCUGAAGAGCAUCCACUGGGCGUCCUCCUCCGCUCAUUCCUCCAUGCUGUGCAGAGACCCGGCCGCAGCCCUUCCUUCCUGUUCCAGCCACAAAGGUUUGGCCGUGAAGCCAGGGCCAGCUUGAGAAGCGCUGGCCGGAUCAAACCACGGGCUUGGGAUUCUCUGGCACCUCAGUUUCUGAGUAUGGCUGCCCCACAGCGCUUUGGCAAGAAAAAAUGAAACUGGAAGAAAGAACCCGGAAAAAAUAAACACCAAGAGCAAUUGCCUCCUGGAUCCUGCCAAACUGGACAGGAGCCUCACCUUAAUUUUCUGCUCCUUUAUUUCUGUGUCUUGUCACUGAGCAUUAGCUGGGUGAGCAUCCCUGUUAAGGGCCUGUGUUUUGUUAGUUGUUAACAAUAAAACAACAUUGU